GUUAUAAGUAUUAGUAAUACCCAGAGAAAGAAUACAAUACAGUGAGUUUAUGAAAUCCUUGAAAAUGGGUUUGAAGUUGGAGGAAAAGAUGGUGGCAGAAUACGUUGAGUCACGUCUCAGAGAGUUACUCAAUAUACCCAUUCUUUACUUUCCUCAUCAUACUCCAGAAGUAAAAGUGAAAAGGAAGAUGAUCGAUUUAGGGGCAGCCCAGAAUCUGAUUGCUCCAUUAGACUCCAUCCACUCCAACAACACUAGCCUCUUUUUUCCAAGUGCAGAGGAUCUAAAGUAUGAGACGCCUGCUAUGGAUCUGCUAUCUUCCUCCCUUGGCAGAUCGAAGAAGAAGAUUAAAAUUAUAACUGAAAUGGUGGAAUGAACAGGGCUGUUUUGCUAGAUUUAAUAUUCAUGUAUAAGUGUACAAGACAAUGUUUCUUUGUUUAAUCAGUAGAAAUAUAACAACUGGUUGGACUUUGUUUUGCAUUCAAGAUGUUUAUUUUUCUGUCUUGCAAACAUUUCAAUUAUUUUUUCCUGGUUUA